CAACAAACCAGAGAUGGCUCUCCAUCUCACUCUCAGCUCUCUCGAGCUCUCCAAUGGCGAUAAACCUAGCACCCAGAGGAGAUCGCUUCUUCUUCUUCGAUUCCCAAGCCAUGGAGGUGUUCAUCGAGUGAGCGCCCUCGCCGUUUGCCGCUCUUUAUGGCUUCGAUUGCAAAUCUCUCUUUCUCUCAUCCUCCUCUCAAUUCCCAGAUCGCAUCCUCAGCCUCGGUAUGUGUUUCAUUCCAAGCCCUAGCUUGUCAUCGGUUUCUCCUCCCUGUUAUCCUCACUGCACGGUUGAGAUCGUCGAGGAAAAGCUUGAAGAGAUCGUUGGCGGAGGAGAGAGCCGGCGGUGGCGAUGGUGGCGUUCUUGAUCUCGAUGCGGCUGCGGUGCAGAGGGAGGAGUCUGAAUCUGAUGGUGUGGAAAAUGGCGCUGUUGAUGGUACGGUUAGGAGUUCGCAGAGGACUUCCAUUCCUUCAGAGUCGAUUUCGUUGGGCAUCAAAGAGCCUGUCUAUGAGGUGGUUGAAGUGAAGCCAGACGGGCUAGUUUCCACAAAUAAAAUUUCCCGCCGACAGUUGUUGAAGUCAAGUGGUCUUCGACCUCGUGAUAUCAGAAGUGUUGAUCCAUCAUUGUGGUUGACAAACUCAAUGCCGUCUUUGUUGGUAAGGGACCAGGCUAUAUUACUAAAUUUUGGUUCCUUAAGGGCAAUUGCCAUGCAUGAACGUGUUCUUGUGUUUGACUACAACCGGAAAGGGAGCAAAGCAUUUUUGAAAGCGUUGUUACCUCGUUUAAAUCCUAAGAAUACUAGUGGGGGGCCAGCAAUGCCGUUUGAGCUUGAGGUUGUUGAAGCUGCUUUGCUUUCUCGAAUUCAACGCUUGGAGCAAAGACUAAUGAUUUUAGAACCUCGUGUGGCUGCACUGCUUGAAGUUCUGCCAAAUAAGUUGACAGCUGAUGUGCUGGAGCAGCUUCGUCUUAGUAAACAGACUUUGGUGGAGCUGGAUUCGCGAGCUGGGGCUCUGAAGCAGAUGCUACUUGAUCUUCUGGAGGAUCCCUAUGAAAUACGCCGCAUAUGUAUAAUGGGAAGGAACUGUACAGUUCAGAGGAACAGCAAUGAUGUGGAAUGCUCUGUUCCUUUAGAAAAAGAGAUAGCAGAGGAAGAGGAAGAGAUAGAAAUGCUCUUGGAGAAUUAUCUAGAAAGAUGUGAAUCAUGCCAUGGUCAAGCAGAAAGGCUACUAGAUUCUGCAAAGGAAAUGGAAGACUCCAUUGCUGUGAAUCUAAGCUCCCGGCGGCUUGAAGUGAGCAGAGUGGAACUGCUUCUCCAGGUUGGAACAUUUUGUGUAGCUGUCGGUGCUUUAAUAGCAGGAAUAUUUGGGAUGAAUCUCAAGUCCUACCUCGAGGAACAUGUGUUCGCAUUCUGGCUGACAACGGCUGGAAUUAUUUUCGGUGCAGUAGCAGCGUUUUUCAUCAUGUACUCUUAUUUGAAGGCAAGGAGAAUUUUAUAGUCUUUUGGCCCCCUCAUCUUUGAACAGGUGAUUCAGUUAACGACAAAUGUGCCAUUUUCACAGUUAGUUUAAGAGUUGAGUUAGAACGAGCACAGGUCUCUAACAUCAAACACAUUGCUCAAACAUCGCUUAGUCUUCAACUCUGGUUGAGUUUAUCAACCAACAUCAAACACAUUGCUCAAAGGGUUGAGUCAUGGGAACCCUGAUUGAUUGUUCAUGACAUCAAGUUAUUCAUGGUUGAUCUUCUGGGUAUCAAGAUAGAUGAA